AUGACAAAUCCAGUCACUUUCCAGACUCCCCACACGCUUUUCCUCAGUUUCUAUAGCAUGUAUGGAGUAUACGGGCUCAUUCUCGCCGCGGCUGCUCUGUAUGGCGUGACACUCGUUAUCUAUCGCCUGUACCUGCACCCGUUAGCUCGAUUUCCCGGGCCGAAGAUUGCUGCUGCGACCGGGUGGUAUGAGUUCUACCACGAUGUCAUCAGAGGUGGAAUGUAUAUCCAUGAGAUUCAGAGAAUGCACAGAAAAUACGGCCCUAUCAUUCGCAUCAAUCCUUAUGAAAUCGUCAUCAAUGACCCUGACUACUAUAACACUGUCUAUGUCGCCUCCAACACACGUCGCUCGGAGAAGUGGUAUACCCUCCAAGGGACAGGUCUCGAGGGCGCCAUGGGCAUGACUAUGGGACACGAAUUGCACCGCCGCCGCCGCAAGCACUUCGACCCAUUCUUCUCGCGUCUGGGCGUCACUUACCGGAAGUCAGGCCGGACAAUCCAGAUGGAACACGUGAUGGCUGCGUUCACCGGUGACAUUGUGACCAAGAUCUGCUCGGAGAAGUCCCCUGACAUGAUCCGGCACCCGGAGUUCGGCAAGGAAUGGUAUGUCACGAUCCACACCUACCAGCUCCAGGUGCACCUUUUCGUGCAGUUUCCUCAUUUGAUCGCCCUCACGCAACUAAUCCCGCGGGGACUCGUGAUGCAAUUUUCUCCGGGAGCCGCGGCGUUCAAGAGCCUGCAUCAGUACGCCUUCGACCACAUCACCGAAGCCAAAAGGGACAUGGUUCGAGCCGAAAAGGUGCAGCACGACGCCGGCCGCAGCUCUGUCUUCCGCCACGUGCUCUCCAGCGACAUGCCCGAGGCGGAGCGCGAGACCGAGCGGCUGGCCCGCGAGGCACUGCAGCUGUUCGGCGCGGGUACGGCCACGUUGGUCCGCGCCUUCAGCAUGAUCUUCUACCAUGUCCUGUCCAACCCGCCGAUGCGCGCGCGGCUGCGGGACGAGCUGAAGGGAAUCAUGGCCGAGUAUCCGGCCAAGAGGCCCACCUGGCAGGAACUGGAGCGGUUGCCGUAUCUGCACGGGAUUGUCCGAGAGGGGUUGAGACUCAGUUAUGGCGUCAUGCGUCAUCUCGCCCGCGUCUCGCCCGACCAGCCUCUGCAGUUCAGGGAGUGGACGAUCCCCGCCGGCACCCCCGUGGGCAUGUCCUCGCACAGCCUCCACUCCGACCCAGCGACAUUCCCCGAGCCGGCCAGGUUCCUUCCCGAGCGGUGGAUGAAGGGCAGACACCACCCCAGCAUGAACCGGAACUGGGUUCCCUUCGCUCGCGGUUCGAGGAUGUGUAUUGGCAUGAAUCUUGCCUUGGCUGAAAUGUACUGGGUGCUGGCGGUGUUGUUUCGCCCGGGGGCGCCGCAGCUGGAGCUGUUCGAAACUGUCGAGGCGGAUGUGGUUCCGGUGCGGGACUACGUGGGAGGAACCCCCGAGUUUGGGACUAAAGGGGUGAGGGUGAAAGUGGAGUAG